AAAAGUGAUGAGGAAGAAAUUAAUUAUGAGAUUGGUCUUACCAAAUGGCUAACUGAUAUUGAUGAUCAAAUGAAAGGUUUUACUUAUUGGCCUCCAUCUGAUCAAGAUGCUGGCAAUUUUGUUAGGAAGGAAAAACCAGUAGACCGAUUUUGGCCAAAAUAUUUAAUUGAGGUCCUAAGGUAUUACGAUCUCUAUAUAAAAGCAAGAGCUGCUGUUAAAGGUUUUGUGGCAGAAGGUUCAGCCUAUGAGACUGAAAAAGAAACUGGAAGGGGAAAACGAAAAAAAGUACGAAAUAGACUCUUUGAAGACACUGAUUCUGAUGAAGAAUUGUAAAGCGUAGCAAGAAAUCAGUUCCAGCACCGCCAAAUAUUCCUUUCAAACGUGUACCGGUCAGGAAGGAUAUAAUACAAACACCUGAAAACGAGCUUAAUAAUCGUCUUUUUUCAAUGACUUGCUUUCCUCCUUCAAAAGCAUGCUCAAAAAUCAAUGUUUUUGAGAAACUAAAGAGGACACGGGAGAUGAAUAACAAUACUUCUGUUAGUCACACUAUGUUAAUUGCACAUGAAUCCAAUUAUAGCAGUGACAGAAAAUCAUUUCGUAAAGACAAAGUACAAUCACCUAUUAAGGAGACAUCACUAGUAACUGCAGAAGGUUCCUCCCACAAAGCUGUGUAUCCUCUUUGGAUGUAGAUGAAGAGAACUUUGCAUAUGGUGAACAGAAUGACACACCAAAUAAGAAACGCCAGUGUAGAGAUACUAUGCAGCAUGUUCCAAGUUCCUCUGUAGUUUUUCAUGGCUCUCCUGCGCAAACGAGACGCUUCAGUCCCCUUAAGUCUGGAUUUCAUCAGCACAUUCUUUUUACUUCCCCAGCGAAAAAUUCUUCUGAAAAUCCUGAUGUUGAUAAGAUAUCAAAAGUGGCAAAGCUAUGUGAGAGAAUAUAUGUUCGAUUAGAAGAAAUUAAUAAGAAGACAGAUACAAUCAUUAUGAAUCAAGGCAGACUUAAUAGAUCUCUUCUUCCAAAUGAAAAGAGAUUUCAAAAACCUAUAAAUCUUCCAGCUCUGCCUGUCAAGACAGAAGAUCAAUUGAAUUUAUUGGAAACAUUUUUAGAAGAUGAGAACAAUUUUGCAGCUGUGGAUAUGAUUUCAACUUUUGGUUGCAAUUGGGGCGCACUCGAGGACACAGUAGGCCCUGAAUUUGGCAGCCUCGGUUCACAGGGAAUUGUUUGCCGUUUGUUAACAAUCCGCAAGCAAAUGUCAGGUUCAUUGUUGAUCAAAUUUGAUGAUACAGCACUUUUCGAAGCAGAAGAAACCAUGAAAACAUGGUUGGCCAAUGCCCCAUGGCGUAAACAAGAUAAUGAAACUUAUGGGAAAAGGUGUGUAAAAAGAAAAUUAGAAGUGAACACUGCAAAGUAGUUGGGCAAAAUGUUUAUGUUUCAUAACUUUUU